UGCGCAGCGCGUGCAAUUUCCUCAUCCAUCUUAAGCUCUCCAUCGCCAUUAAAACACAGAAGCUCUGAGCUUCCUCUGUUUUUUUCUUCUCCGUUCUCUUAUCCUGCAAGCAGAACAAAAUGACGAAGCAGAGUGUCAUGAUAUCCGAUGCCAAGUUGGGAAUCGGGCAGCUGGCCAUUUCCUUGGAGCUUCUCGCAGCAGCUGAAAGCUGCAUCGAGAUCUCGUCGUCAUCGAGAAGGAAGCUACUGAAGAGUGAGACGACAGAGCCGGGGAAGAUCGCUACGUGGGUCGCCUCGAUGAGGGCUUCCUCCCCGACACGUGUCCGGCCCGCAGCCUCCCUCUUCGAGGCUGAGCAGCAUAAUUCAUGGAUGGUCCGUCAUCCGUCAGCUCUGGGAAUGUUUGAGCAGAUUGCAAGCGCCUCCAAAGGGAAACAGGUAGUCAUGUUCUUGGACUAUGACGGGACGCUCUCGCCGAUAGUCCAAGACCCAGACCAAGCUUUCAUGUCCGACGAGAUGAGAGAAGCUGUCAAGGAGACAGCUAGACAUUUCCCUACAGCCAUUGUUAGUGGCAGAUGCAGAGACAAGGUUUACGGCUUUGUGCGGCUGGGAGGACUAAUUUAUGCAGGCAGUCAUGGGAUGGACAUUAGAGGGCCUUCUAGAAGCCGCAAAGAGCAAAAGGGUGGUAAAUCGGUGCUAUUUCAACCUGCAAGUGAAUUUCUGCCAAUGAUUGAUGAGGUUUACAAAAUCCUGUUGGAGAGGACAAAAUCUAUCCCCGGAGCAAAAGUUGAGACCAACAAAUUUUGUUUGUCGGUGCACUUCCGCUGUGUUGAUGAAAAGAAAUGGGUUGAUUUAGCUGAGCAAGUUCGAAUAGUGCUAAAGGAGUACCCAAAACUCAAGCUCACACAUGGGAGAAAGGUGUUAGAGAUUCGACCAGCCAUCAAAUGGGACAAAGGCAAGGCCCUCGAGUUUUUGCUGAAUUCAUUAGGAUAUGCCAAUUCCGACGAUGUUUUGCCGGUCUACAUUGGAGAUGAUCGGACGGAUGAAGAUGCAUUCAAGUUAUUGAAGGAUAGAGGACAAGGUCUAGGGAUUGUCGUCUCGAAAGUUCCAAAGGAAACAAGGGCUUCUUAUUCUCUGCAAGAACCAUCCGAGGUUAUGGACUUCUUGCGGCGGUUAGUUGAAUGGAAGCGCAAUUCAAUCCGAGCAAGCAUAUAGUACCUGCACUAGAAGAAAUUAAAUCCGAUGUUGACCCCGUGGAAAAAAGUUUUGGGACGAACAAAGCAAGGCUGCCUUUUCAACAUACAUAAAUGCAUAUACAUAUGUAUAUGUUCUUUUUGCAGUGAUAUAGGUUAAGGAUGAUGAGAGAAAUAUAUCAACGAUAAUACCGCAAUUGUGAAUAUAUGAUUAUGUGAACUCAUGCACAUGUCGGUUGAGUCGCAAUUGUAAUUUCAUCUUGGCAAUGGAUAACUUCUAUUGACAAUUUAUCUUC